AUGUGUAUGCCAACGCCAACAAAUGUGUCCGGUUUCGCAUAUUCGUGGGGUUUUACUAGUUCCGCUGACCUCACAAAAGGCGAUGUCGAUACGCCGAGUAGUUUGAGUUACACCUUAGGGAAUACAGUGUCACCUGAAACCACACUGACUGUUAUGUCCCACAAGACACCGCAGGUUCAAGAAAAAAUUGGCACAGUCGUAGCGUCAAAUGCAGGGGCACAGUUAACUAGGGUUGUUACUACGGGGACUCCAGGUGCAGGUCGGAGGAAUGCAAUGUUUGUUUUAAACGAACCGACUCAUACAUUGAGCAGGGUGUCACAGCAAAAUCAGACUGCGACGACCCAGAGUGAGUGUGCAACUUUAGUAUCAAAGGCUUUCAUGACACCAAUCGGACAAAUACAGUUGACAGCCGAAGAAUGCAACGAAAUCUUAAUGAAAAGAGCUUUGCAGGCUCAAGGUAUCGCAACGCCUGUUAUCGACACUUCACAACUAAGCCAAUCACUGUUGAACGGCAGUAUAAAAGCGUUAACUGAUGUCACAACACAGCAGCCCCAACCGGAUCCUUUACAGACAUCCGUGCAUCAGCAAAUCCAGUUAUUACAUACGAAACAAGAGCCUGGAACAACUAAUAAUUCACCUAAAAUGGUGUUUUCACAGACGGAGAUUAUGAACAACACACUGCAGAUGCAGACUCCAUCACAACCGAUCAAGGAGAGACCGUAUUCGUGUGAUGAGUGUGGCAAAUCGUUCCUACUCAAACACCAUCUCACGACACAUGCGAAAGUACAUACUGGUGAAAGGCCCCACAUUUGCGGACACUGCGGCAAAGCCUUCGCUCGGAAGCACUGCCUGAACACCCACUUGCUGCUGCACUCGGCAGACAGGCCGUACAGGUGUCACGAGUGCAAAAUGGCGUUUACGCUGAAACAUCAUCUUGUUACACAUUCGAGGGUACACAGCCGCGCCCGACCGUUUGUCUGCGGAGAGUGUGGUCGGGGAUUCCCGCUAAAGCGACACCUGGUGACCCACAGCAAGUACCACGCAGGGGAGAGGCCGUAUGUCUGUAAUGACUGCGGGGAAAGCUUUGCACAGAAGGAGCACCUAGUUAUGCACAGCCGUUUCCACGGUUCGCUGUCUCCGUUCGUCUGCGCCGAAUGCGGUGCCGCCUUCGCGCGGAAGUUCCAGCUGGUGAACCAUGGCCGGGUGCACGGGAAGGUGCCCCACGCGUGUCCCGUCUGCGGCAAGGAGUUCCUUCAGAAACGGACGCUAGUCGCACAUUUGAAAAUCCAUACUGGGGAGGAUGCAGUAGCGUGUUACGAAUGUGGGGAAGCGUUCAAGACAAAGACAGAUUUGCAACAGCACUGCAAAAUCACUGGGCACUGUAUAUCAUCGUCCGUACAACAACAUCAGCAACAACAACAACAGCAGCAGCAACAACAACAGCAAGUGCAGCAACAACAGGCGCAACAGCAAGCGCAACAACAGGCGCAGCAGCAGGCACAGCAACAGGCUCAACAGCAGGUGCAGCAACAGGCGCAACAGCAGGCACAACAACAGGCACAGCAGCAGGCGCAACAACAAGUGCAGCAGCAGCAGCAACAGCAACAACAUCAAACUGUUAUCAAACAGGAUGAUUUUAAACCCCAAAUAGUACAAGUAAUUGGUGCAGAUGGACAGAUAUUGAGCGAGAAAACUACACCUGGCUACGCUUGCCCGGAGUGCGGCUGUUGCUUCAACACCAAGGAGGCGCUCUCGCUGCACGUUCGGUUGCACGCCGGCGAUCGCACGUGUGUGACCGACCUAUGCGCCCUCACCGCGGCGCUGCAGCCUGGCCUAGUCACUCAUAAUCAACCCAUACAAAUAAUUUCGUCGAAUCACCCGAGCAAUGUCGUCCACACACAAGUCAUAGCGACGAAUCACCACGUAGCAGCGCCUCGGCCGAAGAUCCAUUUUUGCGUGGACUGUGGAAAGGGCUUUGCAGCGAAACACGGCUUGCUGGCGCAUCAAAGGAGACAUCCGGAGGGUAGUUGCACAUUGCGGUCGCACGUGUGCGACGCGUGCGGCAAAGCGUUCUUCCAGAAGAACCACCUGAUGCUGCAUCAGAGGCAACACAUGGACCUGCCCCCUAGAAGCUCACAAGUGACCCCAGUGUCGCAGCAAGCGCAACAGCAGGCGGCCCAGCAAGCAGCGCAACAGGUCGCGCAGCAAGUUCAGCAGCAAGUUGCGCAACAUGUGCAGCAUCAGACCAUGGAGCUGGAGGAGCAACCGGCUCACAUACAAGUGGUGACGAAUAGAUCGGGACAGGUGAUCGGCAACCAGAUUCUGGUGGGGACAGUGGGUGGGAGGCGGUUGCUUCCGUCGCAGCUGCAUAUUGUGUCGAGGGACGGGAAGGCCCUGCACCACAUAACACCGAAGAGAGAAGGCGACGUCAAAGAAGUGGGCGGUCUAGUUGUGACCUCCGGACGAGGUCCAGGUCUCAUAAAAUACGAGAUCGCCCUACCCCCCUCCAGUACAGUGAUGCAAGUGCAACAGAUUGAAUGA